GCGGAGCCUCGGGGCGAGACGCCGGAGCUUGUCCCGUUCCCGCAGACUACUUUUCCCCAUGGCGGACUGCGCUGGGCAGUCUUCUGCCGGCCGGAAGGCCGGGGCUCCCCGUCGCUCUCGAAAAGCCGCAGGUACUAAACAGACAAGUACUUUGAAACAAGAAGAUGCUUCUAAAAGGAAAGCAGAACUAGAAGCAGCUGUGAGAAAGAAGAUUGAAUUUGAGAGAAAAGCUCUACAUAUUGUUGAACAGCUUUUAGAAGAGAAUAUUACAGAAGAGUUCCUAAUGGAGUGUGGGAGGUUCAUUACACCUGCUCACUACAGCGAUGUCGUGGAUGAACGUUCUAUUGUCAAACUCUGUGGUUAUCCUUUAUGUCAGAAGAAGCUGGGAAUUGUACCAAAACAGAAAUAUAAAAUUUCUACCAAAACCAAUAAAGUCUAUGAUAUUACUGAAAGAAAGUCUUUUUGCAGCAAUUUUUGUUAUCAAGCAUCUAAGUUUUUUGAAGCACAAAUUCCCAAAACUCCAGUAUGGGUUCGAGAAGAAGAGAGGCAUCCCGAUUUUCAACUGCUAAAGGAAGAACAAAGUGGCCAUUCUGGAGAAGAAGUACAGUUAUGCAGUAAAGCCAUUAAAACAUCAGAUAUUGACAAUCCUAGCCACUUUGAAAAGCAGUAUGAAUCUAAUUCUUCUAGCACUCACAGUGAUAGUAGCAGUGAGAAUGAGCAAGACUUUGUUUCCUCCAUUCUACCAGGAAACAGACCAAAUUCAACAAGUAUUAGACCACAGCUGCACCAAAAAAGCAUAAUGAAAAAGAAAGCUGGUCACAAAGCUAACUCCAAACACAAAGACAAAGAACAGACAGUAGUAGAUGUCACUGAGCAGUUAGGCAAUUGCAAAUUAGAUAGUCAGGAGAAAGAUGCUACAUGUGAACUUCCUUUACAGAAAGUAAAUACUCAGAGUUCUUCAAAUAGGACUUUGCCUGAAAGAUUAAAAGCUUCAGAAAAUUCUGAAAGUGAAUACAGUAGGUCAGAAAUAACUCUAGUAGGCAUAAGUAAGAAAAGUGCAGAGCAUUUUAGGAGAAAAUUUGCCAAAUCAAACCAAGUGUCUAGGUCAGUCUCUAAUUCAGUGCAGGUGUGUCCUGAAGUUGGAAAGAGAAACUUACUUAAAGUUUUGAAGGAGACUUUGAUUGAGUGGAAGACAGAAGAAACUUUGAGGUUUUUAUAUGGCCUGAGUUAUGCUUCUGUGUGUCUGAAACCCGAAGCUUCUCUGAUUAAAGAAGAACUUGAUGAAGAUGACAUAAUCUCAGAUCCAGAUAGUCAUUCCCCUGCCUGGAGGGAAUCUCAGAACAGCUUGGAUGAGUCUUUACCUUUUAGGGGCUCAGAUACAGCCACUAAACCACUGCCGAGUUACAAGAAUUUGAAAAAAGAAACUGAAAAGUUGAAUCUGAGGAUCAGGGAGUUUUAUAGAGGACGGUAUGUUUUGGAUGAAGAAACCACCAAGUCACAAGACUCAGAAGAGCAUGAUUCCACCUUUCCACUGAUAGACUCAAGUUCCCAGAACCAGAUUAGAAAACGCAUCGUACUUGAAAAGUUGAGUAAAGUAUUGCCUGGACUUCUGGUUCCUCUUCACAUUACAUUGGGAGAUAUUUACACACAACUUAAAAAUCUUGUUCGAACUUUCAGGUUAACAAAUAGAAAUAUUAUACACAAACCUGCGGAAUGGACUUUAAUUGCUAUGGUGUUGCUGUCAUUAUUGACCCCAAUUCUUGGCAUUCAGAAACAUUCUCAGGAAGGUAUGGUGUUUACACGGUUUCUAGACACCCUGCUUGAAGAAUUACAUCUAAAGAAUGAAGACCUUGAAAGUUUAACCAGCAUAUUUAGAACCAGCUAUUUACCAGAGUGAGAUGAGGCUGGAGCGGGGGGUGGAGCCCAGAUGGCCAAAUAGGAACAGCUCCGGUCUACAGCUCCCAGCAUGAGCGACGCAGAAGACGGGUGAUUUCUGCAUUUCCAUCUGAGGUACCAGGUUCAUCUCACUAGGGAGUGCCAGACAGUGGGCGCAGGACAGUGGGUGCAGCGCACCGUGCACGAGCCGAAGCAGGGCGAGGCAUUGCCUCACUCGGGAAGCAAAAGGGGUCAGGGAGUUCCCUUUCCUAGUCAAAGAAAGGUGUGACAGACGGCACCUGGAAAAUCGGGUCACUCCCACCCUAAUACUGUGCUUUUCCAAUGGGCUUAAAAAGUGGCACACCAGAAGAUUAUAUCCCACACCUGGCUCGGAGGGUCCUACGCCCACAGAGUCUCGCUGAUUGCUAGCACAGCAGUCUGAGAUCAAACUGCAAGGCGGCAGCGAGGCUGGGGGAGGGGUGCCCGCCAUUGCCCAGGCUUGCUUAGGUAAACAAAGCAGCCAGGAAGCUCGAACUGGGUGGAGCCCACCACAGCUCAAGGAGGCCUGCCUGCCUCUGUAGGCUUCACCUCUGGGGGCAGGGCACAGACAAACAAAAAGACAGCAGUAACCUCUGCAGACUUAAAUGUCCCUGUCUGACAGCUUUGAAGAGUGUAGUGGUUCUCCCAGCACGCAGCUGGAGAUCUGAGAAUGGCUAGACUGCCUCCUCAAGUGGGUCCCUGACCCCCGAGCAGCCUAACUGGGAGGCAAAGAUGGGCUGAUUGCUUGAGUCCAGGAGUUUGAGACCAACUUGGGCAACACAGCAAAACCCUGUCUCCACCAAAAAUAAAAAAAAUUAGCCAGGCAUGGUGGUGUAUGCCUGGAGUCCCAGCUACUCAGGAGUCAGAGGUGGGAGGAUCACUUGAGCCCAGGAGGCAGAGGUUGUAGGGAGCCAAGAUUGCACCACUGCACUCCAGCCUGGGUGACAGAGCAAGACAUUGUCUCAAAAAUUAAAAAUUAAAAAAUGAGGGAAGCUGCUGUAUCUCCACUUCUUCCCUCUCUGUCCCAGAGAUAUCUCUUCAGUUAUCUCACAUGCCCUACAGGUCUAGAGACCUCAGGUGAGGAGCCAGUAGCUCAGUAUAGAAACUAAGGAUCCAAGUGGACAACUGCCACCAAGUCACCACAGGGCCAGCUGCUUUGGGAGGGUGCUGCAUCUGCCUCCCACACACUCCUGCCAAGUUUAUAUUAGUUUGGGAGGACUGAAGCAGAAUUCAGUUCAAAGUACUGUGCUGGAUUUUGGUUUCUAAAUAUUUUCCAAUAAAAAAGAACCCAGGCUUCUUGGGAAAAAGGCUAGGUUCUAAGGCUAGAGCCAAGAAAAUGCAAGAUAAGCCUGGAGCAUCUUGUAGUACCAGAAACUAAGCAAGUGCUCAAAAACAAAAGGAUAGAAGCAUGUCAGACAGACCCAGGAGCCAAUCUGAAAGAGCUCCCUCCCGGGCACAGUGGCUCACGCCUGUAAUCCCAGCACUUUGGGAGACUGAGGUGGGAGGAUCACCUGAGCCCAGGAGUUUGAGACCAGCCUGGACAACAUAGGGAGACCCCAUCUCUACAAAAAAGUAAACAAUUAGCCGGACAUGGUGGCACACGCCUAUAGUCCCAGCUACUCAGGAGGGUGAGGAUCACUUGAGCCCGGGCGGUCAAGGCUUCAGUGAGCCAUGAUUGUGGCACUGCACUCCAGCCUAGGCAAUAGAGUGAGACUGUCUCAAAAAAUAAAUAAAAUUUUAAAAUAACUGAAGAAUAUAACUGGAUUGUUUGUAACACAAAGGAUAAGUGCUUAGGAUGAUGGAAACCCUAUUUAUCCUGAUGUGAUUAUUACACAUUGCAUGCCUGUACCAAAAUACUUCAUUUAACCCAUAAAUAUAUACAUCUACUAUGUACCCACAAAAAUUAAAAAAUGUUUACAGGAGUGAACCACCGCACCUGGCCAGUGGAGUCUUUUUAAGGUAUUAUUUGGCAUCUUCUGCUUAUAGUCAUGUCCAAAAACCAGUUGAUCUUCCUACUCAUUAGGGGACAAGAUCAAUUCUCUAAAAAAUUAACCUAGCCCAAGGUAAGUGGUACUAUUCUGAAAUUUGAAAAUCUUUAGUAGCCUCACAUUAUAAACCCUUCGUAGAAAAAGAAAAGUAAGCAUUUCUAGAAGCGCAUUUUUGUUGGACUGAGGGUGGGGCAAGGAGCAGGGGUGACUUUCAUCUGAAAUGUACCUAGACAGGCCAGAGUCUGAGUUGGGACUGGCUCCUGGGACUUUGCCAUCCAGGCCAAGAAGCAUGCUCCAGUGUGCAUGCACUCUCAUCAAAGCCCUAGUCAGGAAUCCCAGCCACUCCUCUCCUGUGCAGCACAAGCUGAAGGAUAAGGUAUGGGGCAGUGACUGCGUGGGGCUGCCUGUGUGGUUCCUGAUAAAGAAAUGCCUCGAUGAAAUUUAUUGUUCCCCAAUAAAGCUCAUUUUCUGUGAGAAUUCAUGUGUCCUUUUCCAAAUUAAACUAGCAAAAUAUGAACUUUUGUGAAAUGUCCACAGCCAGCCAGUUUUCUACUCUCUAAAUGUUCAGGCCUUUGCCUGUCCUUCCCUCAGCAAAAAUACUGUGUUUUGGAAAACAUUACCAAUAAAGGAGCUGGGAGGUGGAAUUGGAUCAAAAUACCUUUAGAUGAAAGCAGCAGCACAAGCCAUUCCCUUUAAAUGAGCUGGCCUCACCUGUGGGGCCUAUGAAGAAAAGCCUGCUUCGAGGUGACAGUUUUCAUUUUGCUUCCCAGCACCUCUGCAGUCAUAACCAAAGUGAAGGACAAUAUUGCAUGACUUCAGAAGAAAGCCAUCCAGCCACCUUGCAACAUGUUGAGGAAAUUCUGGACUCCCUUGGGGCUUGCAAAACUCCCUAUGUCUUGCAGACCAAAAGCAAGUUCUCAGUCACCUAGCUCUAGUUUGCAUAAUUAAAGAAAGUGGAAGCUGGUUCUUUUCUGGGUGACCCUUCACCCAACCAAGCUCAUAAGGACUUGUGACAAAAAUAAGAUAGCAAUAAAAUGAAGUUUUAACAACAGUGAAAACUUCUAUCAUUUAGAUGAGCAGGAAAAGCCAGUCCCCUGGAUGCCCACCUGACCCUACAUUACUGGGGUCAUACAGCCAAGGCAGUGUCCACUUCAGGUACUGUAAUGUUUUGAAGUUGAUAUACAUAUAAUUUAAUGUAAUUUCAUGUCAUAAUUUAUAAGACUUUUCAGAGAAACAAUUUAGUAAUAUCUUCUGUAGUACCCAUCUUCAUUUUUUAAAUGCAAAAGCAUAGCCUAUGAUCUGUCGCCUUGCUCAUUCCCACAUCCUUACCUCUUAUCCUUCUCACAUCAUCCCAUUAACACAUUAUCCAUCUUUGGGGGAAAAAAUAAAGACACUAAAUUUUAGACAGAGUCACUUUCACUAUGGCCGCAAUGGGAGAAAAGACAGUCCACCUUCAAAGUCAACCAGAAUGACUCUAACCUCUCUUGUCUGGGCUGGGCAUCCAGAUAACAUUUUCUUCGUACAAAGAGUCUUGCUACUAGGAAAAAGAGUUUGAAAAUCACUAGUCUAACUAAAUAUCUCACUUUUAAAAAAGCACAAACUAAGACUCAAUGAGGUUUAUCUUCCACAAGAUCAAACAGUUUUAGCAGAGCAGUUGCUAAAACCCAGGUCUCAAACUCCUUGUCUAUAGCUCAUCUAACUAAGCAACAAAAAGCCCAAUGAGGUCUGGAGAGAGAGAGGGAGCUAAAACAGGACUCAAUCAAAACCCACUUGGGAUUAGGGAGGCCACCCUCUGUGAGUGAGUUAAACUGAGAUUCCCUCCCCUUCACCCUGGCUUCCUUUGCAGAACAAGGGUCACCGCCAGAGGGAGAGCUGAGUUUACGGAGGGGAUCCUGGUUGGAGUCAGAGUACACCUUGGUUUGGUUUUGUGGGGUUUUUUGAGACAGAGUCUCGCUGUCACCCAGGCUGGAGCACAGUGGCAGUCAUAGCUCACUAUAGCCUCAGACUCCUGGCCUCAAGCAAUCCUCCCACCUCAACCUCCAGAGUAUCUGGGACUAUAGGCACACACCACCAUACCCAGCUAAUUUUUUUUUUAACUUUAUACUUUGUAGAGACAGGGUCUCACUAUGUUACCCAGGUCUCAAUCACUAUGUUACUCCUUGCCUCAAGCAAUCCUCUCACCUUGGCCUCCCAAAUUGCUGAGCUUACAGGUGUCAACCACUGUGGCCAGCAGCCACACAUUGGUUUUAAGGUCCAGAAUUUUUUUGUUUGGAGCCUUCACACUUAGUUUUAGGUUGAGAGACCGUGAACCCACCAAGCAGCCCUUUAGAGGCUGGAAAAAGAGUUUGGAAAAAGAACUCUGUUGCUUUAGGAAUUUCUCUCGGAAAUCCUCUAGGGCACAGAAGGAAAAUUUACCAAAUGGGAGAGUGUAUUAGUCUAUUAUUACAUUGCUAUAAGGAAAUACCCCAGACUGGGUAAUUUAUAAAGGAAAGAGUUUUAAUUGACUCACAGUUCCACAUGGCUGGGAAAGCCUCAGGAAACUUACAAUCAUAGCAGAAGGCAAAGGGGAAGAAAGGCACCUUCUUCACAGGGGGGCAGGAAGGAGAAGUGCAGAGCAAAGUGGGGCAAAGCCCCUACAAAGCCAUCAGAUCUCGUGAGAACUCACUAUCACGAGAAUAGCAUGGGAGAACCACCCCCAUGAUCCAAUCACCUCCCACGAGGUCCCUCCCCCAACAUGUGGGGAUCACAAUUUGGAUUACAAUUCAAGAUGAGAUUUGGGUGGAGACACACAGCCAGACCAUUAUCAGACAGAAAGCUAUUACUGAAGACCUUUCUAACUCACUUCCGUGAAGAUCAAUUCAAUAAAACCAGCAAACACACAUACUUUGCUUUACUUGUGAUUAAUGCCUUGACUUUUUUGUGGAAAGUAACACCCCAAGAAAGACAGCUACUCAUGUUGGCAAUAAAGGUAAAAGUAUCUAUGGAAUAAGGACCAUUUUUAGAAAGACAAUACUUUCCCUACUACUAAGUUCUAGUCCCUUUUGUAGAAUUCUUAGGACUUUCUACAUACACAAUCAUGUCAUCAGCAAAUAAAGAUUAUUGUACUUGUUCUUUGCCAACCCAUAUGUCUUGCCUUACUGCCCUGGUUAGGACCUUCAGAACAAUACUGGAUAUAAGUGGUGAAAGCACAUAUCCUCCCCUUGUUCCUAAUUUUAGAGGGAAAGUACUCAGUCUUUCGCCAUUAAGUACAAUGUCAGCUGUAAGUUUUCCUAGAGACCCUUCCUCAGCUUGAAGAUGUUCCCUGGUAUUCAUAGUUGGCUAAAAGGUUUUUGUCAUUUUAAAUCAUAAAUGGGUGUUGAAUUUUGCCAAAGGCUUUUAAUGCAUCUAUAGAGAUGACCCAAGUUUUUUUUCCUCCUUAUUUCUGCUAAAGUUGUAUAAUUAUACUCAUUGGUAUUUUAAAUGUUAAAUUAACCUUGUGUUCCUGGAUAAGACCCACUGAUCAUGAUGCAUUUUCCUCUUUGUAAAUUGCUGUAUUCAUUUUAUUUUCUUCAGGAUUUUGCCUAUGUUUGAAGGAUAUUGGUUUGUAAUUUUUCUUGUCACAUCUUUGUCUGGUUUUGAAAUCAAAGUAAUACUGGCCUAAUGAGUUGGAAAGUGUACUGCCCAAUUCUAUUUUCUGAAACUUCUGCAUGGAUGAAGGAUUCUAUUAUUUAUUCCUUAGAUGUUUCAUACAAUUCACCAGUGACAUCAUCUCAGCCUGUGAAUUUCCCUUAUGAGACAAUUUGUAAUUAUGACUUAAAAUACUUUCAUUAAAAUAUGUAUAUUUAGGAA